CUCCAGGUACAUGUGGUUUGGAGGUUAUAAGAAGGCGAUCUUCCCUCCUUCUUCCCUUCAGAUCUGAUCCUUGUGUUAAACUAUAUUUGCGUGUUUAAGUUUAUCAACUUUCCAUCCUAUAUCGUUGUUACUUUAAUUGUGACUCUACGGAUAUAGUGUUUGUCUGCUCUAUCUUAGACGAAAAUACAUUACAUCUUCCCGCCCCUCACCUUGUGGCUUUCCCAGUUCCUAUCAGCUAGACUGCUACUUGACCAUACGGAGUACCGUUCGCCAAUAUGCAUUGUUAUUGUGCAAACUACUAUGGGGCAGUCCACUGCCAAAACAAAGUCACACAAUUCGGACAACGAUGUAGACUAUGCACAGUGUUGAAUGAGGGAACUCCCGCCAAGGACGACCCUUUCAAGAUCGCGUCUAGCUACUACACUGAAGACAGUGACGCCAUGGACGACUCGAGUCGAGAGGAACGUAGGCGUGUGCGAACCACCACGAUGAGAGAACGUAGCAAGAGCUCCUCCAAGUGAAGUGGCGUAUCGUAACAUUCAAGAUAUAUCACGACGGCAGCAUGUAACAGCUUAUGGCUUGCUUAUACAUGGAGAUACAUGAUGAACGAGGGGAAAGGACUAAUGCAUUCACUAAAGGGGGAUGAGUGCGGACGGGGUAGUCCUGGGUCUAACCUUUCGAUAAUGGGCUGAUAGGAUCUGAGCAUCUCAACUCAAAAGAAAUAAUGAGGCAAACUGCAUUAGAAGAGGGCAACAAUUUCCGAAUUGUCUCAAAUCCUUCUCUAUAGAAACAUAAUUGGCGUUAGUGGUUGGUCGUACGGGCGGGCAUUAGGCACGCCCAAGGUCAAUCUUUCGAGGAGGCAUGGCUAGGGCGACAGGAACAUGGAGAAUCUGGGGAGGACUACAUGGAAAAAGGAAGGAGUCUGCGCGUUUACG